CACGGUAUUUGGAGUUUGUUAAAAUAAUUACAUUACAUUAACAUAUCUAUUCAGAAUGUACAUAUUAAUGCUAAAAAGGAAUUUUAUUCUUCCUGUUUGAUUGCAAAGCCGAUCAAUUUCUACCAUAGGCAUUUAGGCGCGAACAGUUCUGUCGUGUAGCGUAGACAUUGUAAGAGUGGGUUUUAACUGCGAAAUUUAUUACUAUCUGCAAUAUUAUAUAGAAAACUAUCAAAACGUGUUGAACACUGUUUUAUAAAAAAUACACACAUUUUUUUAUAAUUAAUGAUCGGUUCGAAAUUGAUCUGUAAGCGUGGUCUAACCUGUCACAGUGUCACAGUGUCACAAAAGUGAAUGCAAUAUUGUUUUAAAAAGAUUACAAAUUACGUACUAUAUACAGUUUAUAUAGCAGGAAUGUUUUUCUAACAAAUCAUAAAUGUAAGUUGUUUAUGAUCCUUUGAUUUUUGGAAGAAAACUAAAGCAUGAUUCAAGAAAGUCAACCUGACACAGAUGUAAAUCUUUAUUUUAUUGUGCCAAGCAAAUAUAAAUCUGAAAAUGAUUGUAUUGAAGAAAUGUGGCAUGCAUUUGAUAAAUGUUGUGAGCACGAUCUGGAGCCAAGAUGGAUUACUGAAAAAAAAUGUAGUAAAAUGAAACCUGUUAAAAAUGAUGUUUUUGUAAUGGAGGAAUUUGAAGGUGAUAUAUUUGAACAGUUGAAAACAUUUAAGUGUCCUAUAAUUGGACCUCGAUGUUUACUAAUUUGUUUCAUUAAUGGGGAACCAAUUCCAGAAGGAAAUAAUCCAGUAUAUACUACUGCUAUGAGAGGUCUUUGCAUCUGUGCUUCUGGUUUGCCGCCAGAAGAAAAAGAUCAUAUAACAAAAUUAGUAGAAUAUAUGGGAGGUAUUUUUACAAAGCAGUUACGUAGUCGUGUGACCCACCUUGUGACAGGGUCUGUUAUGUCUGCAAAAUAUGAGACUGCAAUAGACAUGAAAAUACCAAUAGUCACAAAGGAAUGGGUUGAAACAAUUUGGAAAACAAAUUUAAAGGAUUUUGUUAAAGCAAGUGAUAGUAUGUUUGAUAAAUAUAAAGCACCUGUUUUCCUCAAUUUAGUAGUCACGUCGACAAAUCUUCCGAAACGUCAAAAAGAAGAAAUCAAACAUUUAAUUAAUGACAAUGGAGGGACAUUUAUGGGUCCUUUAGAUGGUGCAAAAGUUAAGGUAGUGCUUGCACCUGUAAAUAGUCCAAUAAGCGAUAAACUUAAAUAUGCAAAACAAGCAAACAUUGCUUGUUUAACACCAGAUUGGGUAUAUGAGAGUAUAAAAGUGGGCUAUGCUCUGCCUUUUAAAAAUUAUUUGAUCACGUCGUUAAAAGUAUCGUCUACUCCAGAAAAAUCAAAUGUAUAUGAAAGUCUUAAUUGUUCUGCUAUAAGUUCGAUUCCAUGUGAUCUGCAACAGGGCAGUUGUGUUGAUGAGACUUUAACUACAACAGUGAGCAGUACUUCUACUGUAGAACAUUUAACGAAUGGUGUUUCCAAUGUUUUUGAUAGACUAACUCUAAGUGAAGCAAAAUCGGCUGGUCCGUUUUUAGAUGGAUGCAAUAUUUAUCUUGCUGGGUUUGCUCCUAAUCAAAGGGAUAAAAUUAAUAAAAUAUUAAAUGUCGGUAGUGCGACACGACUGGACGAUAUAUCAGACGUUUUAACACACGUUCUUGUGGGAGACGAGCAUAAAGCAAUUAGUGAGCUAAAAUUAAUGAAGUCAAAAGGAUUAUGUCCUUUUAUACUAACUUUGGAAUGGCUUGAGCAAAGUAUUAAAUUGAAACGCCCCGCACCGGAAGAAAAUUUUUUAUUUGAAGAAAUAAAUAGUGCAAUGCAGAAACCGCCAGAACCUCCAUCUCCAUUAAGUAAAAAAAAUUUACAAAUGUUGCAAAAACCAAGAAAAGUUCCUAUACCAUCAUUCGAUAUAGAUAGGAAACUAUCACUGCUAGAAAAAGAAAAAGAGAAAAAUCAAUCUGAUAUUCUCGAACAAUAUCUUCAGGAUACCAUUGUUACAGUAAAUGAGAAAACAUUACAGGAAUUUACAAAGCCAAAAACACCUACCACAGAAGAUACUAACGAUAAGACUUUAGUCGAUGAUAAUAAAAAAGAAGAUAAACGUACAAAAACACCGUCAACGUCUGUAUCCGUAAAAAACAAAUGCUUAGCAGACGAUAGUGCGGUACCAAUUAGUCAAAUGUCCACUUUAAAUGAUAAACUGUUUGAAGGACUGACAUUUGUUGUAAUCGGCUUCAACGAUGAAGACAGUUACGUAGCCGAAACUAUAAUAGCCAUGGGUGGACAAGUAGUUUCGAGUACGUUUUCUGGUAUCCCAGAUUACGGUGUUGUACCAAAAUGUGGUGCAUCGUUAAAACAUACAGUAAAUGAAAUUGUUACUGAUUUAUUUAUUGAAGAUUGUGUAAAUCAAGAACAAAUAGUCGAAAUUAUGUACUAUCAUAGACCGCUAUCCAUAAAAAAAUAUUUGAAUCCAUUGUCAGGCUGUGUUAUUACAAUGAGCAUGUAUACUGGCGUAGAACGAACGUAUCUUGCAACAUUAGCCACGGAAUUGGGUGCCAUGGUUCAAGAUAUAUUCGUCCGAAAGACUAAUCUUGAAAAGAAUACAUAUGGAAGUACACAUUUGGUUUGUCCGACACCUGAAGGUAAUAAGUAUAAUGCAGCAGUCAAAUGGAAAUUACCAGCUGUAACCGCUGACUGGCUGAAGUCUUGUGCAGCUCAAUCGAAACGCGUCAAUGAAACACCAUUCCUUGUGGGGGAGACUAUGGCUCCUGAAAGAUCGAGUCAAUCAGACGACGGAGAUACAAGUUUAUCUAAAACCAAUACAAGUCAAAUGAGACCUCCAGUCGAACCAAUAAAUAGAAACAUUGUUACUCCGAAACGUCAUUUAGCUCAUUUACAGAGUCAAGAGAGUGGUUCCGGUGAAACACCAUUAAUAAAUAAGAGACUCAGUUUACUCAUGAAUAAAACUCCACAAUCACCGUUUCAUGUGUCUACACCAGAAACACCGUAUGGUCAAGUGUUUAGACCAGAUCCCUCUCCAGACACGAGAAAAGGUUGGGUUAAAUGGGUUGACAAUUUUCCGGAUUUAAGAGUGGAAGAGCCACCUUUGAAGAAAAGAGCUCUCAGCACUCCUCUUUCAGAUCUGAAAAAACAGUUAUGGAAAAAACUGAAAAAUCAAGGUCAAAAUUUGGAGGACAGCACAGGGGAGACAUCACUUACUGUUAAUAAUCAAUCGUCGGCAGAACCAGAAGUUGCAGAGACAGCAGAAGCAGCAGAAAUACCAGAAACAGUAGAAACAAAAGAUGAUAGUUAUAAAGCAACUGAUACUACACCUAUUAAAAGAAAAUUGGAAUUCACCGACGAAAAUAGUCCGCUACAAAAUAUUGAAAUUAAUAUGCAAAUUGCACAGUUGGAUCAAAUGCUGCAACGAACAUCGAGUACCCCCGAAAAUAGGUAUUCUCUUUCUGGAGAAAAGGCAAGCUCGUACAAUACAGAACCUUCUGAUCCCAUACAAAAAUUUAUUGCAAAAGAUUCUCAACCCAUCGAUGCCAUUGUAUGGGAAGAUCCGUGUCAUGCGAAACAAUUAACAAUACAACAUGAACAAAAUGAAAGUAUCGAUGAGAACGAGCAAAAUGGAGAUGAUGCUGAAGAAGAAUCAGUGGAGGAAAUCGAGCCUCCAAAAAGACCUAAAUUUAUGCUUUCAGGCAUAAAGGAUAGAACGGCGUACGAAAAAGUAAUAAAAGAUCUUGGAGGUGAUGUAUCUUCGGAUCCUAGUUUUGAUAUCACUGCGACACAUUUACUUUGUAUCAGACCGUCAAGAAACGAAAAGAUGCUGGGUAGUAUAGCAUCUGGAAAGUGGGUUCUUCAUUGUAUGUACUUACGGGAUUGUGAACAGGAAGGAAAAUUUUUAAAUGAAGAAGAAUACGAAUGGGGUAAUCCGAAAAGUAGAGAUGUUAUACCAGAACCAAAUGGUGAAAUUGAAGAGAUAAUCGCAGCAGCUGCAUAUAGAUGGAGGUUGAAGUUGCUUAAGGAACCAAAUGGACCGUUUUGUAACAUGGUAGCGUUGCUAUUAGUUUCUGGUGAUAAAUACGACCAGUUCCAGAGAUUAAUUGAAGCUGGAGGUGGCAAAGUUGUUCAAGCAAGACCACCAUACGAUACUAGUCCUACAGGUAAAAAGAUUACUCAUUGUUUUGUAAAUGUCAGACAAGUUAGUCAGCCAAUUGAUUGGGCGAUGUUAGCUAGCAAAGGUAUUCUUUGCUUUAUGCCACAAUAUUUAAGCGAUUAUCUUACUUCGCAAACGCCAUUAAAUCCACGAGAAUGUGUCAUUCCAGAAUUUAAAAAAUAUUUGACACUAUUGCCAAAAUAAGAUAGUAACUAGUAACAUUAUUUAAGAGAUUAUGUAUGAUAGUAUUAAAAAUUUAUAUUUGUAUAUAUAAAGAAAUACAUUUAUCAUUCUAUCGUCA